UCAAUCUCCGCCAGCGCAUCCUCACCACAGUCAUCGCGAUGGCCCAACAAGAUGGGCCCAUCGCCUCCAUCGCAGAGCCAGGCAUCAAGGCUCAAGGACAGCUACUUCACGAAAUGCGGAAGGAGGUCGCGAACCUUCUCAACAGAUCUGCUACUGGCUUUCCCGGUGCGCAGCCUGUAAGCUUCGCCCGUCAGCAUCUCGAGGAGCUCGCUCAGCACGAUUAUUACGUAGUUGAAAAGUCCGACGGUAUCAGAUAUCUUCUCUAUUCGACAACAGACGAGAAUGGAAACGAGGCUCACUACCUAAUCGAUCGCAAAAACGACUUUUGGUUCAUCACGAACAGAAGCCUACACUUUCCUCUCGAGAACUCCCCAGAGGCUUUCCACACGAACACGUUGAUCGACGGUGAACUGGUUUGGGACACAGGCUCGGACGGGAAGCGCGUCCCAAUGUUUCUGGUCUUUGACUGUCUGGUGCUGGAUGGUGCCCUGCUCAUGGAACGAACACUCGACAAGCGACUCGCAUAUUUCGACCAACGAUUCUAUCGCCCAUAUAAGAAACUUUAUCAGGAAUACCCUCAGGAACUAGAGUUCCAGCCCUUCUACGUGGAGAUGAAGAAACCCCAAUUUGCCUACGCCAUUGACAUGAUGUUCAGAGAUAUCCUCCCGAAGCUAAAGCACGGCAACGACGGUCUGAUAUUCACCUGUCGCACCACUGCUUACAAACACGGCACCGACAACCACAUCUUGAAAUGGAAACCACCAGAGGAGAACACCGUAGACUGUCGCCUGUCCCUGAACUUUGUGGAAGUUGAGCCCAGCGACGAAGAGCGUCGCGAAGGCAUCACUGAGCCAUUCGUUGAUUACGACAGCGUUCCCAAAGCCGACUUGUACGUCUACGCAGGCGGUAACGGCCCCGAAAAGUACGAGUAUUUCAACAGCGUGUUCAUCUCUGAGGAGGAGUGGGAGACUCUCAAGUCGCUCAACGAUCCGCUUAACUGGCGAGUGGUUGAAUGUAACAUCGAUGAGCAAGGCCGAUGGCGCAUUGUGCGUUUCCGCGAUGACAAGAACGAGGCCAACCACAUCAGCACAACUAAGAGUGUGCUUCAAAGCAUUGAGGACCGAGUUUCGGAGAAGGACCUGUAUAGAGCAGCUGGGGAAAUCAAGAAUGCCUGGAAGGCUCGGGCGAGUAGGGGCCCUGCAAGAUAGAAUAAUCGACUGGCAAACAUGGCGUCUGGGGAUAUUGGUUCUGUAUCGAUGGGGCAAGGCGUUGGGAAAGGUUUCAGGAUAGGGGAUUCUCACAUGUCAUCACUGCACCACAUAGCAUCUCGGAAGUUUGGUUUGAACAGACACACCUUCUUCUUAAAUACUUUCAUAGCUUGUAUAAACUAGGAGAUAUCGACAAACCUCAAGUAACAUCAACAUCAAGGAUUCGGCGUCGAAAUUAA